CUCUCUCUCUCUCUCUCUGCACACUCUCAAUACCGACAAUAUUCUUCUUCGAUCUCACUCUCUGUCUUUCUCUCUUUACCGCGAUUUCUCCUCCGGCGCCGUUCUCCUGAAGCCGUUAUCGUCUUCGUUGAAGGUGAUGAGUAUUGUUCAAAAGCAAGAAGAAAUGAAUGGUUGUGCCCUCAGUGGUGACAAAGGUGAAGUUUUUACAGUGUCACCUCAGGAAAAAGGAAGGAAAAACAAGAGAAAAUUAGCUGAUCCUUCUCAACCAAGUGCUGCUUCUCUCACCGAAUUCCCUCCAUAUGAGUUACCUUUGCUGAAAUCUCAGAACCCUUUGGGCGGCAAUGACUCGGUUGGGAAAGUUUCUGAUCAGCUGCAACUUGAAGAGUCUGAACCUGUCGAAUGGGAUGACCCCUUUGCCUGUCAUCUUGAAGAAUUGUUGUCAUCAAAUUUGCUCACGCUCUUCCUUAAUGCAAUGAAGCAGCUUAUUGAUCUUGGUUACACUGAUGACGAUGUUAUGAAAGCUAUCUCAGGAAGUAGGCUCUACUGCGGAGGCAAUGAUCUUGUGUCAAACAUUGUCAAUAACACCUUGAGUGUUCUCAAGAAUGGAAACGAAGGUGCUGGUUUAAGGGACUAUGUGUUUGAGGAUCUACAACAGCUUGUUGCAUAUACGUUGAUAGAGAUGAUAAGUCUUGUUAAGGAGGUUAGGCCGUCCCUAUCAACAGUUGAAGCUAUGUGGAGGCUUUUGAUGUGCGACUUGAAUGUCUUGCAAGCCUUUGAAGCUGAAGGUGAUGGAUUGGUGGGUUCAAGUAAAUCAUCUGAUUCUGAAUCUCUUGGUGCUGAAUGUAAUCCUCCAAAUUCUAGUGACCCAGAAAACCCAAAGCCUCCACAAUCCAAUGCUCAGACCAAUCGGAGUGAAGCACUCAAAUUCGGAAACUUCCCAAAAUUACCCAACUCCAAAAAAACUCUGUCUAGUGGAUCAACACUAGGAAAAGAAGUAUCCUCAUGUAGCACUGUUUCCUGCGAAGGCAUGAAAAGUACAUCUUUUACUCUAGUCUCUGAUGAGAAAUUAAUAUCUUGUCGAAAAGGCCGCACUAAAAAAGAGAUAGCAAUGCUUCGGCAAAAAUCAUGUGUGGAGAAGAUUAGGACUUACAGCAAAUGCAGUGGCUACAAGGCGGCAAAGUUUGCAUCUGUUGGCAGCUUCCUUUUGGAGAAAAGAGUCAAAUCAUCUUCUGAAUUUGUGGCAAGAAAUUCUUCAUCAAAGAUAACAGCAGAGAUUGGGGUGAAAGUUUCAUUAACUGAGGAUGGUGGCUGUUUUGUAAGAAAGAGCAGUAAGUUGGACUCACCUGUGGUAAUGGUAGAUGCAAAGGGUUAUAUAACUGCCUUACCUGCUACUUCUGCCACUUCGGUUAAAUCUGCUUCAAAAAAGAAGUCUGGUUCUGAGACUGCAACUCUGAUUCCAUCUUCUUCAGAAAAGAAUUUUGAUUGUUUGGUACCAUCUGUUACAGAAAAGAAGCCUCGUUCUUUGGUACCAUCAGCUUCAGAAAAGAAGUCUUGUUCUGAGUCUGAAGAAAAGGCGUCUGUGUCUGAAAAGCUAGCACCAGAUUACUACGCUGGAAUACCGUAUGAUGCAUCUUUGGGUAUAUAUGUUCCCCGGGAUAAAAAGGACGAAUUGAUUAUAAAGCUAGUUCCCCGAGUGAAUGAUCUGCAGAAUGAAUUGCAGGUAUGGACUGACUGGGCUAAUCAGAAAGUAAAAGAAGCAACUGGUAGACUUCUUAAGGACCAACCAGAGCUUAAGGCACUAAGGAAAGAGCGAGGAGAGGCAGAACAGUAUAAAAAAGAGAAGCAGUUAUUGGAAGAAAACACUAGGAAAAGGCUGUCUGAGAUGGAUUUUGCUUUAAGGAAUUCAACGAGCCAGUUGGAAAAAGCUCACAGUACCGCUCGCAGGCUCGAGCAGGAACAAUCCAUACUGAAGAAAGAGAUGGAAGCUGCUAAGAUCAAAGCUGCCGAGUCUGCUGAGAGCUUUAGAGAAGCAAAAGAGAGAGGGCAAAAAUCACUGAAGGAUACUCACUUGUGGGAAGGGCAGAAAAUUCUGUUGCAGGAAGAGCUCAAGGGUCAAAAGGAUAAGGUGGCAGUGCUACAGAAAGAAGUUACCAAGGCAAAAAAUCGCCAGAAUCAAAUCGAGGCUGCUUUGAAGCAAGAAAGAACAGCAAAAGGGAAACUCUGUGCUCAGGCUUUGCUGAUAAAGAAAGAGAGAAAGGAACUUGAAGCACUUGGGAAAGUGGAAGAAGAGCGGAUAAAAGUGAAAGCAGAAACCGAUGUGAAAUAUUACACAGACAACAUCAAGAGACUUGAGACAGAGAUGGCAGAGCUGAAACUGAAAUCAAACUACUCGAGAAUUGUGGCACUGAAGAAAGGCAGCAGUGAGUCGAAGGCAACAAGAAGAGAGAAUCUUGGGAUGACGAAAGUGAAAAGAGAAAGAGAAUGUGUGAUGUGUUUGUCUGAAGAGAUGAGUGUGAUUUUCUUGCCUUGUGCUCACCAAGUGCUUUGCUUGAAAUGCAAUCAGCUUCAUGAGAAAGAAGGAAUGAUGGAUUGUCCGUCUUGCCGUGGGACAAUCCAGAGGAGGAUUCAAGCUCGUUUUGCUCGCGGCGGGUGAAAGCUUUCUUAUCAGUUUAAAACUUAUAGUACAGUCUCUCUUCUCUCUAUGAAGAAGACAGCUUUUGGUUAAAUAAAUCCAUCUUGGCUUUUGCUUUUCCAGUUUGAAAGGUGAAUGAUUUUAAAUACCACCAAGCCAAUUUAGAGUACACGUGGCUUAUCCUCGUGGUAAUUACAGUAUUUAAGUUUUUGCUCCCCGUAAUUUCUCUAUAUUACGAUAUUUCGCAAA